CACGCGCGAGCACGGGCUCCGAACGAAGAAGAACGACUGGCCGUCGUCUGCGGCGGCCGUGUACCGCGCCUCGAAGACCUGCCGCGAUCUGUAUUGCGCUGGGUCACAAGCAUGGAUAUUAGCAGCAGAGACAGCGUCAUUGUCGUCGCCACCUUCUGCUGCGUCAACAAUUUCGUGAUCUUUUUGGUACACGUGUUCCCACCUGAAGGCAGGUUCAACAACAAGGAAGCAGAUCAUAUGGUCUACAUCAUCGGCGUGAAGACUUUCGAGAGCGCAGUCAGCGUGAUUGUGGAUAUCAUGACCAUCAUCGGGGUGUGGGGCAUGGACAAGCGUACUACUGCGACCCGUAAGCAGGCACUCGGAUACCGCCAAAGGUUGAUUGCUCGCCUAAAGGAACCAAAACGUGCGCUGCUCCUCUUCAUUAUUUGGUCUAUCACCACGUCACCGGCGAGCGUUGGCACCGACAUGGUCUACAAUUACCACACAAGCGGGAGCAUGGAGAUGUUCAUAAUGAACGCUGUGAUCCGAUGUUCAAUUGAAGCGGCUAAGUUCUACGUGCUGUACCGUUUCUUCCGGCUCUACAAUCGGCUGGGGGCCGCCGACCUGCCCAUUGUCGUCGAAGGAGCCACGGAGGCCACAUCUCCCGCUGUCCUGGCGUUGACCGCAACCAGUGGCGGCAGCGGGACGACGGGCGCCGAGGCGACGGAGUCGAGGACAGGAGCGGCACACUUCAGACGACGCACGCCUUACGGGGCAGGAUCCGUGCCGAGGAGGAGGAGCAUAAUGGGCGCCGACACUGGGUCCGACGACCCGAACCUCCGCGGCCAAGGGAGCACCGCGGCGGCACAGCGUCGUCCUUCAAACCGCGCUGACCGCCGCGGCAGCACCAGUCAUCUUAACGACAUCGUUCAGGACGCAGGCGCUGUUACCAAUGGGGCUGGUGGUCUCAAGCUGGACGUCGAGCACAAAACCUCCAACGACUCGCCCUGCAAAGCGGCCUCCGUCAGGCCCAGCUCGCGCAAGCAGUCGUACGAGUUUGGCGGUGAUACUUCCAGUCCCGCCGGCGCGCUGGGCAAGAAACGUGCCCUACCUGAGCGCAGGUCCGGUCGCCGCCUGUCUAUCAUGUCUCCAACGGGACAGGUGGCCAACGUACUGCAGCCCGUGCCAGAGGCGGCACCGUUGCCCGAUAGCAACGUCUCCAUGGCGUCGUCUUCGCCAACGUCCCCGUCGGCUCGUACCGUUCUACAAAACCAGCAGGAUGGGUCUCCGCGGCACUACCAGAAGAAACACCGCAAGACCGGGGAGGAAGAGCACGUUUCCGAGCCUCUGACAGCUCGAGAGGACGCUCCCGUUCUCGCGACUGCCGAAGCCGCUGAACGCACGGCAGCGGCCGAGCGGCCUUCAGCCCUGCGGCGACAUGGACGAGGCGGCCACCGGCACAUGACGUCAGCCUCGCCAUCGGCCAGCAGCGGCUCGACGCAGUCGGUCUCGCCGGACAAGUCCGCGCAGGCCACAGAAGGCGUGACGUUGGAGGAGGAGUCCGCUAUGACGACGACGACGUCGACGAGGAGGGAGAAGAGCAAGUCGAAGGGGACUUCGAGGCGACGGUCGCGUUCCGGCGACAAGUCCAAGACUAAGCACAAGUCUUCAAAGAAACAUCCGCAUACGUCGACGAAAAAGUCUUCGCCUAAGAUGCAGUCGUUCACGUCGUCAGCGGAGUCGCCUGUGAAGUCACCAGCAGACGAGUUUUCAAAUAAGCAGUAGAAAAUGCAGUCUCGGUGUCCCAUCGGAGAUAGCAUUUUCUUUUUCCUCUAAACGUUUCUUUUUUAUGUGAGACUCUGUAUAUUCGGCUCAAUGUAGUUAGUUGAAGUGGUGUUACUUGUUCACUAGUUCCCCGCAUGGAGGUCUUACGUCGAUUUGACGACAGCGUAUAUAGUCAACUUCGCAGU